AUGGUGGACGACACCAAAAUUGAUCCUGCUUCCCUUUUCUAUCUUGGUUCCGGCGAUCAGCCUGGAAACCUUAUUACUAAUGUGAUCUUGAAAAGUGAUAACUAUCUCUCAUGGUCUAGGGCUAUUUCUCUGUCUCUGAAAUCUCGGCGUAAAUUUGGGUUCGUCGAUGGCACCAUCUCCAAACCUACUGACAAAAAGAAAUUACUGGAUUGGGAUACGGUGAAUUCUAUGCUGGUAUCCUGGAUUUUGAGAACAAUUGACCCGAAACUUGCUAUUUCUAUUCCCUAUUUCGAUGAUGCGAAACGUCUUUGGGAUUAUCUUGACAAACGCUACUGUGACGCUAGUGGACCACGACUGCAGCAAUUAAGGGCUUCAAUUACUAAUUGCAAACAAUUAAGCACUAUGACUGUUGAGGACUAUUAUAAUCAAUUGAUUGGUUAUUUUGAUGAUCUUGCGCGCCUCAAACCACCACACGGCUGUGAGUGUGGGGCGUGUUCUUGUGGAGUUGCUGCGAAGUAUGAGAAGGAUAGGGAUGAGGAGAUUCUUCAUCAGUUUUUGGUAGGCAUUGAUGAUGCUAAAUAUGCUUUGGUUCGAACGAACCUUCUAUCUCAACAGCCCCCUGCUACCCUCGAGCGUUCUUAUCAUGCUCUGCUGCAAGAAGAGCACUCUCGGAGUAUUGCUCAAGCCAAAAUCCCAGCGACUAAGGAAGAUGCCCAUGUCUUCGCGCUUCCUUCGUCUGAUCGUCGUCAAUUUCAGUCGGCUCGCGUUGAUAAAGCUAAACUUUUUUGCUCUCACUGUAAGCGCUCAGGCCAUGACACCACGGGCUGCUUCCUCCUUCACGGCUUCCCCGAUUGGUGGCUUGAAAAGUAUGGGAAGAAGGGGGGCGCAUCUCAUUCGGGAUCCUCUGUUUCACAACAAGGCAGCAAGCACUCUGCCUCUGCCUCUACGGCUGCUGUUGCCGCAAGUUCUAGCAAACCCGUGGCCCGUGCUAAUGCCAUGGGUGGUUCUAUUGGACCUCCUGUUGUACCCUCUACUGACACUCUCUCUGCUUUAUCUGAACUUAAACCGGAACAUGUUCGCCUUCUGUUGAACAUGGUUACUAAUAAUCAGCAAGAAAAAAUGAGUGGUGAGUAUUUUUCCUCUUCUUGGAUUAUCGACACCGGCACCUCUCAUCAUGUCACCGGUGAUGCAUCUUGCUUGGUGGAUAUGCGAGAAAUUCUUUCAUGCCCCGUUGGCCUCCCGGAUGGCACACAAGCUCUUGCUACAAAAGAAGGGCGUGUGUAUUUGGCCGACGGAAUUAUUCUUGAGCAUGUCUUAUUUGUUGCACAAUUACAUUGCAAUUUACUUUCGGUGUCUAAAAUGAUUGAUGAUUCUCAUUGUUAUGUACGAUUCACUGAUUCUUUAUGUGCUAUACAGGACCAACACUCGGGGAGCCUGAUUGGAGGCGGUGAACGGAUAGAUGAACUCUACUAUUUCCGGCGACUUCCUAAAGUAUGUGCGCUGACAUCUUCGGAGGUUUCUACAUUUGAGCUCUGGCAUCGUCGUUUGGGACAUCCGUCGGAUCCUAUUGUCAAGUUAGUGCCUGCUGUUAGUGCUAGUUCUAGUAGCAAAUUCUUGAAUAAAGCAUGUGAAAUUUGUCCACAGGCUAAACAAUCUCGGGAUAUUUUUCCCAAUAGUGAUAGUAGAGCUAGUCGUAUUUUUGAAUUGAUUCAUUGUGAUUUGUGGGGAUCGUAUAAGACACCGUCUACUUGUGGUGCUCAUUAUUUCUUGACUAUUGUUGAUGAUUUUUCCCGAGGUGUUUGGGUUUAUUUGCUAAAUGAUAAAACUGAGGUUUAUUCAUCUUUUCUCUCUUUCUUUGCUAUGAUAAAAUGCCAAUUUGAUGUUCAUGUUAAAUAUGUACGGAGUGAUAAUGGUACGGAGUUCAAACCCAUGCUCCCGUACUUUAAUGAAAAUGGCAUUCUAUUUCAAACCUCUUGUGUUGGCAUCCCACAACAAAAUGGUAGAGUAGAGCGUAAACAUCAACAUAUAUUAAAUGUGAGUCGUGCUUUGAUGUUUCAAGGCUAUCCUCAUGGCAAGAAGGGUUGGAAAUUGUAUGAUUUAGAUACCGGUGAAAUUUUUGUCUCACGUGAUGUUAAAUUUUUUGAGAAUGAAUUUCCGUUUGUGAAAGGGAAUGAGCCGGUUUCUAGUCUUGAAAAUGUUGCGGAUAUGUCUCACGAAAAUGUUGGGGUUGAUCAUGAUUUUUUGGACGACUUGGAGUAUAUUUUGGAGGUGGGUGAGGGGUCUCUUGUGCCCGAACCUCAACCCCCCACCCUUGCCACAUCUCCGGCCACUGCUCGGGACAGCAGCCCCCACCGUAGGCCACCUGCGGCUGCUGCUGACACGGCUCACACAGCAGCAGAAACUGCUGGUACGGACAGCAGCACCACGGCCCCAAACGUGGCUGCUCCGACCUCUUCUACUGCUCCCACACCGGACCUAGGCCGUGGUCAAAGGCCUAGGCAGGCUCCGGGUUGGCAUCGCGACUACGUCGCACAUACUAUUACUCUUGACAGUCCAUCUAUCUCUCCUUGUUCACCGUCUGCUCCAAGCUCCUCAGGUACUCCUUAUCUCUUAGCACAUUUUGUGAAUUGUACUAACUUUUCUGUGCCACAUCGUGUGUUUAUUGCAGCUGUGGAUUCGAUUGUUGAGCCUCGUAAUUUUAAUGAGGCUAUGAAGCACGAUGGUUGGAGAGAGGCAAUGCAAAAGGAGAUUUCUGCUCUUGAAAAGAAUAAAACAUGGGUGAUGGAAGAGUUGCCUCCGGGAAAGAAAGCAUUGGGGUGUCGUUGGGUAUACAAGGUCAAACUUAAUUCCGAUGGCACAAUUGAAAGAUUAAAGGCUCAUCUUGUUAUAUUUGGUAAUCAUCAGGUUGAGGGUAUCGAUUAUAACGAGACGUUUGCUCCCGUGGCAAAAAUGGUUACUGUUCGUGCUUUUCUUGCGGUGGCUUCUGCGAAAAAUUGGGAAUUGCACCAAAUGGAUGUCCAUAAUGCCUUUCUACACGGUGAUCUUGAUGAGGAGGUUUAUAUGAAGCUUCCACCUGGUUUUCAUGGUUCUCAUUCUGGGUUAGUCUGUCGUCUUCUCAAGUCCUUAUAUGGAUUACGGCAAGCCCCUCGUUGUUGGUUCUCUAAGUUGGCCUCUUCUCUGAAAAGGUACAGCUUUAUCCAAUCGUACUCUGAUUACUCCCUUUUUACUCUGCAAUCUGGGGCUAUUCAACUUAGUGUUCUGGUGUAUGUUGAUGAUUUGAUUAUUUCUGAGAAUGAUUCUUCUGCAAUUUCUUCAUUCAAAUCUUAUUUGAGUGACUGUUUUCAUAUGAAAGAUUUGGGUGUGUUGAAAUAUUUUCUUGACAUUGAGGUUGAUUGCUAUUAUCUCCGCGAUGCAAUUCAGGAUGGUAUUAUUAGUCCGUCGUAUGUGAAAACGACGGAUCAACUUGCGGAUAUUUUUACUAAGGCGUUAAACAAGCAACAAUUCAUGUAUUUACUUGGCAAGUUGGGCAUUUGUGAACUUGAGGGGGGGUGUUGGACCAUAUAUUAUGUAUUGUUAAUGGGCCGGUGUAGUGUUCCGCCCUAA